AGGCAAAGUGUAAUCAUAUACACAGUGAUUUAUUCUACAUGGAGAAAUUCUACUGGUCUGCUGCAUAUAAAGACAAAGAUACUUUAAGUUACUGUUUAGUGACAUUCAAAGCUGCAGUGCAAUAUUUAAUGACAACCAGUUUUGAUGACAUUGAUUUGAAAACACAUGGCGCCAAAAAUGAAAUGAGUGUUCGAGAACUUGUUGAAAAUAGGGGAGCAAGUUUCAGUAAAAAUGUUGAAUAUCCAGACAAAAAUAAAGGCAAAGAAGAUAGUGGAAAUUAUGUGCCAUCCAGGUCAAGGUAUGACCGACAGAUGGAUAAUAUAACAAAAAUGUUGGAAGAAUCAACAAAAGACAUGGGAUCAGCAAAAGCUAAACCUGUUAGACAACCAAUUGUAGCAAGUAUAUUUGGAGGGCAAGGCAAUUCAGUAUCUCCACAACCUGAAGACAUGGCACAGCCUGUAACACAGAGCAAGAAAGAAGAUAUGGGGGAUUUUCUUUCCAGUUUACAGAAUGAUAUGUUCCUAUCAUUUGGCAAACAGACAUGACAGACCUUUUCAUUUAGGUGGUACAAUUUAGAAUCUGACACCUGCAGUGAAACAGUCUCUAAAUAUAUGAGCCUAAUAAA